AUGAGCGGCUGGGUGACUCUGCUUCGCGUCGUGACCUCCAUCGCACAGAUCGGCAUGAUCCUCAGCCCAGGCCCCGACAUCAUCAACGUCCACAAGCACAAAACCACGGGCGAGAUGGCGGCGCUGCCGCUCGUGGCGAUGAUCGUCAACAACCACCUAUGCUACGCUCCGACCAUGUACGGAUACCUGACCGACAGCAUCUUCCCCCUCAUGGUGUCGCAGCUGUUCGGCGAGCUCGCCGCCUUGGUGUUCACCGCCGUCUACUACCGCUGGACGACCAACCGUCCAGCACUCAACAAGCUGCUGGCUGGGGGCUUUGCCGUCUACGCUGCCAUCACGCUGUACGUGGCGCUGGGCGUCGCCCGAGUCACCAACCAAAGCGACGACGAAGUGGGCAAAACUCUGGGCUACGUCGGAAUCGUGAUCAACAUUUGGAUGUACGCGUCCCCCCUGGGCACCGUCCGACACGUGCUGCGCACCCGCUCGGCCGCGUCGCUGCCCAUGAACUUGAGCGUCAUGAUGUUCUUCACCACAGCGCUGUGGGUCGCCAUCUCCAUCGUGGACGGCGACAUGCUCAUCAUGUCGUUGAACAUCGCCGGCGUGGGGCUGAGCAUCAUUCAGAUCUCGUUGUACAUGCGCUUCCGACCAAAGCACCCGGCGAUCGCCCAGGAGGAGGCGCUCCAGUUCGCGGACAAGGAGAUCACCAUCGUCGUCUCGCCCAAGGACGGCAUGCUGGAGGCCAGCAAGAACCCCAUGUACCAGGCGCUAGCGUCCCCCGUAGAGGCGACGAGGCCCUGA